GUGCGCAUGCUUUCCGAGCUUCUAUAUUUGAUCAAUAACUUCAAGUGUUAUCUGAUUAAAACAACUACACAUGUACAAUGUUAAAGAAAAAAUAUCAUAUUAUAAUAAAUUAGAAAAUUUAAGAAUCAGAAAAGCGAGGAAGUUUUAGUUUUAUAUAUUUCUCAUUUUUAAAGAGUUUUGAAGUUUUGAAACGAUACCGCCGGCUGUACCUGGCGGCAAAUAAAAUGCCGGUACCAAGGCGCUUUUCAGUUUCCGUUUUACUUUUGAAAGACUAAAUAUAUGUUAAUACCGUUAUUUAAGUCAUAUUAUUAAUUCUAAUGCAUACGAAAAUACGAAUAUCAUCAUUGACGAAAUAUAAUGUAAACUAAUUGUUUUUUUUUUAUUCUUGGGGUCUCUAGAACGGUGAGACCAAAAGCCCAUGUGAAAGCUCGUUACCAUUUUAGUGUCACAUCCUACUGUAUCAAUUGGACUGACAUUUUUAUAUAUAUCGUCCUUCCUCUGUUCACUGCUAGAUAACGCUGACAGUAUCGUUUUCUAAAAGGUUUGUGAUGAAUAUCUGUUUUACGUAUUGAUACGUAUUCAAAGAAAAAUUGCUUGGUAUAUGAAGGAAAAGGAUAGCGAAUUUCUGUAACACAACUGAUCCAAUAAAUAAUUCUUACCCGAUACAAAUUUGAUACAAUGCAUAAUAUUUAUACAUAUAUUGGCAAAUUAUAAUAUUGCAAAACAGGUUACAAUCCACGUGGACUCAUUAUUACUUAUAUAUAACAGUUCUUAAAGGUUCUUACGAAUGAAUACAGUGUUUAUGAUAACAGAAUGUCUCACGAGAAACCUUGUCGUGCAUGUACAGACUUUAAGACAUGGGCAAAAAGUCAAAAGAAAACUUUUGACUCCACAAAGGAAUCUGAGGAAAGUAAAAAGAAAGAUCAAGCUGUAAAUAAUAGUAGGCGUGAAUGCCCAUUGGAUAAGGACGAAUUAGGUUCAAGAACAUGGUCAUUUCUACAUACCAUGGCAGCAUAUUAUCCUGAUAAUCCAAGUGAUGAACAGAAAUCAGAUAUGAAAACAUUUUUUAAAAUAUUUUCUAAGUUUUAUCCAUGCUAUGUAUGUGCAGAAGAUUUACAAGAGCAAAUAAAACAGUAUCCACCUCAAACAGAUUCGCAGGAAAAGUUAAGUCAAUGGCUUUGUAACAUUCAUAACGGGGUAAACAAAAGGCUUGGGAAACCUCUGUUUGAUUGCAAACUUGUUAACCAAAGGUGGAAAGAUGGUUGGCUGGAUGGUUCAUGUGAUUGAUAAUCAUUAUGGUUUUAAAUUCUCAGAUAAAUCCUACAUGUGAUAUAAAAAAUUAUGUAAGUUGAUUAUUGUAAAUAUUAUUCUAAGAAGAAUAAGAUGAUAAUGGCAUGGGUACAGCGUAUAAAAUUAAUAUUUAAUUCCUUAUUGACUAACUGUACCUAACUGUGCCCUUUCUUAGUUAUAAAUGUUAAAAAAUAACAGUAAAAAUAGGAUCAUUAUUUCAUUUUACUUACAUAUAUUAUCACUUAUUUUAGAGUAUGCUUAUUAUUAAGAUUGCAAAGUAGGUGGAGGUAGAUGGGAUAUAGUGAAUGCAGAACCUGCUGUUCUAACACGAGGUUCAUAACUAUGGUCUUGGCCAUCACCAGCAAUUGGCAUCACUUGACAUGUCCUAAUAUGAAAUGGAAAACGCUUGUUAGCCAUAGAUGGUCUAGUGAUGUAUAAAAAUAUUAUAUGUCCCAGAAAAACAAUCCACAAUGAACAUCCUUUAGCAACACUUUCUCUUAUCCAUUCAUCUACUAACAAAGUGAUGCAGAGCACCUACAAGAUUAUAAAUAUUUUUUAUAUAUUUGCAGAAGUACAAGAACAUUAUUUACAAGUGGUUUUAAAUAUGAUUCUAUGUUAUUAAAUCAAAUGUAUAUUUAUUACAUAUACCGUUAAUGGAUGGCACAAAAACCAUGUUGAUCCCAAUGAAAAUAAUGAACCGUAAAAAUGAAGCUUUGUUGACAUUUUCCUAACGGUUUUAAAACAACAAACGGAAAAUACAAUCCAUGCAAUCAAUUUUAAUAUUAUUAGUCCAUAACCUGGUGGUGAUUCAUAGAUGUAUAGUACUAAUCCAGGAUCAAACACAUCCGACUGAUAAAUAUAUAAUGACAACUGACAGAAAGAAACGAGACAAAUAAAACAUAUAAGCCAU